AUGCGUACAGCGCAAGGGUGGUUAAGAAUGCCUACCCCCGAGAGAAAGCCUCCGGGUUCUUUCUCCACCGGUGUGCGGGAUACUGUCGGUGUUGGGGUGGAUUGGCGCGACAACUACAGCUCGAGAAACCUAGUCAAGGCCCAUGAGGCCAUGGGAACUGCCUCUGGAGAAUAUAUUGUAUGUAUUCGCCGCCAUCUCUUCCGCGGCCCCGGACCCCCCACGCCGCCGCCGGACUCACCAGUCGAGGCCGAGGUGCAGCAGCGGAGGAUAGACCUCAUACCGAGGCGUAGGCGCUCGGUCGCUAGUGAGUGCGGAGAGCUGGUAGUAGUAGCCAUUGGAGAGGAGGAAAGAUGGCAGGAACAGGGAGACAAAGAGCUGCGGUUUGCGGGGGGCAGUACAACGGUACCUCCGCUGGUCAUCAGUGAUGGCGGUUCUGCGGGUGGAGUUGAUGUAUUGUUUGUGCUGUGGAGGGCUCGGCUGUGCCAAGACACAGAGAGACAAGCCCUCGUCCUCGGUUGUUUAGCUGACGCGACAGGACACCGUCAACCGACAUUUCCAGGGAGUAGUUAG